AAUCAUUUAAACAUCUUUCAAGGUUCUCAUUUAAAUGUAGGUUAUCAGUCACGUAUAAGACGAUUAAGAGAUAAUUUUGAAAAAAGUCGAAGUUCAACGUAUACAUGGAGACCAACAUGGACAAUGGGUGAAUUAUUGGAGAUUAGAACUGAUGAAGAACAACCACUUAUUGGAACAAGAAUAUCUGGUAGUGACUCUCGAGUCUGUCAUACUCCAGAGUCUUUAGUUGUAACUACAGAUGAAAAAGAUAGAAAAAAAACACCAACUAUUCUACCGCAAAUCUCAACUGAAGACAAUGAAGAUGUUAAUAAAUCAGUUAAAAUAUCUACAGUUAAAGAACUAGAAAAAAUUUCAUCACCUAGACUAGAAUUAUCAAUUCCAGGAGAAGAUCAUGAAAAUGAUAUGCAUAAAACACAAUUUGAAGCACCUUUAAUCAAUAUCGAGUCAGAAGUCGAGGAUACAGUUGACGAUAGCGAAAAAACUAUAAUGCAGCGCCGACGAGAUGCUAUGAAUAAUCAACAUCAACAGAGAACAAUAAAAAAUGUUGGUUAUCGUUUGGGUAAACGGAAACGUCUCUUUGAGAAACGAUGUCGUAUUUCAGAUUUUUCAUUAAGUUUCGCUGUAUUCGGUAUAAUGGUUAUGCUGAUUGAAACAGAACUUACAUUUGCUGGAGUCUAUGAAAAGGAUUCAAUUUACUCAUUCAUUACAAAAUCAUGUAUAUCAAUAUCGACAUGCAUUCUCUUAGGACUUAUUCUUGCCUAUCAUGUUUAUGUGAUCAAGAUAUUUUCUUGUGAUGAUUCAAUCGAGGAUUGGAGAAUGGCGGUUGAUUAUAAUCGUGUAUUUCAAAUGACACUUGAAGUACUCAUUUGUAUUAUACACCCCUUUCCAGGAUCAUAUCUUAUUCAGUUCCCUAUAUCGUCUUCCUUAGUUGGCCCAGGAACUGAAAUCUACUCACCUGUCUAUCAUAGUGCUCAGUCUGCAAAAUCAGUCAAUACAGAAGGAAUGAUACCCACGCUAACGUCAACAGCGGCAGUAACACCAACAAUAUCUAAGCUAAAUACAAGUAAACCAAUUGGUUAUAAAUCUCUGCCUAGUUUACCCAACCUUUCUUCAUCUACUCUCUCACAUAACUCAUUCGAUCGUGUACAUAACUCUUCAGUUAAAAUUGUAUCCAUUGACUUGAUUCUAUCAGUACCAAUGUUUUUUAGGUUAUACUUAUUAUUUCGUGUUAUGCUGUUACACUCUAAACUGUUCACAGAUGCAGGUUCACGUAGUAUUGGAGCAAUGAACAAGGUGAAUUUUGAUACAAGAUUUAUUUUUAAAACAUUAAUGACCAUGUGUCCAGGAAAACUUCUACUUGGUUUUAUACUCUGCCUUUGGAUUGUUUAUUCGUGGACAUUAAGAGCUUGUGAAAGUUUUCAUGAUACAGAAAAUGGAAGUUUACUCAAUUCAAUGUGGUUGAUUGCUGUCACCUUUUUAAGUAUUGGUUACGGUGAUAUUGUACCACAUACAUAUUGUGGUCGAGCUAUCGCUUUAGCAACUGGAGUCAUGGGCUCUGGAUGUACAGCUUUGGUGGUUGCAGUAUUUGCAAGGAAAUUGGAAUUAUCCAAGGCAGAAAAACAUGUGAUUCACUUCAUGAUGGAGAACCAACUGAAUAAGAAGGUGAAAAAUUAUGCAGCUAAUGUACUCCGAGAAACAUGGCUUAUCUACAAAUAUACCAAACUUGUUAAACGUGUUGAAGCUUCUAAAGUUCGAGCACACCAGCGUAAAUUUCUGAGAGCAAUUCAUGGUCUAAGAAGAAUGAAAUUGGAUCAGAGGAAAGUUCAAGAUUCUGCUAACACUCUAGUCGAUUUAGCUAAAACUCAAACGAAUAUUUAUGAAAUUGUCACUGAUCUACGCAUGGAACAAGGAUGUUUACAGCAUCGAAUGGAGACACUGGAAACAUCGCUAUUAAAAGUUCAAAUCGAAGAUUCACGCCUAUUGGAUUCACAUGGCGUGAAAUCGUAUAACCCAGGUGAGAGCACCCGGAUUUCAUGUGACUCGAUGCUCAUGAGCGUCAUGCAUGAUGACCACUAA